UCUGUCCUGUUCCUGGUCAGGAUGAGGCGGAGGACUGGUCCAUGGAACGCCACACCAGUGUCAGUCCCACAGACUCCUUUGGGACCAUAGACUUUCAGGACAAUGCAACACGCGUCUGUCGGGCUAAGUUUGUGCGUGUGGCUGUGGACACAAAGCCAGAGGCGCUUCUCCAACUGAUGCUGAAGGAGUGGCAGAUGGAGAGACCCAAGCUCCUAUUAACUGUCCAUGGAGGCUGUGAAAACUUCACCCUCCCUCCCAAAGUCAAACACUCCCUCAGUAAAGGUCUGAUAACAGCAGCUCGCAGCACAGAUGCAUGGAUACUUACUGAUGGUAUCAAUACUGGUGUGUCCAAGUAUGUGGGUGAGGCAGUGAAAACCUUUGGUGGCCACAACUUGAGGAAGAGGAACACGGUUGGGAUCACACCAUGGGGAGUGAUUGACAACAACACAGACUUAAUAGGAAGCGAUGUCUUCAGGCCCUACCAGCCACUGGGGAACCCUUUGAGCAAGAGAGUCUGUCUUAAUAGUUUUCACUCCCACUUUCUCCUCGUGGAUGAUGGAACUUUGGGGAAAUAUGGUUGCCAACAAGGCCUCAGGAUGAAGCUGGAGAAACACAUUCAGCUACUGAAGAUCCACCCUCGAUUGAACCAAAGGGUGCCGAUGGUCUGUGUGGUAGUUGAGGGCGGCCCUGUCAUUGUGUCCACAGUACUGGACUAUGUCAGCAAUAACCCUCCUGUGCCGGUGUUUGUAUUUGAAGGAUCUGGCAGGGCUGCUGACCUCCUUGCUUUCUUACACAAGCAGACUGCUAUUGACAGACAGUUAGAUGCAGAUAUUAAACAGGACUUUCUUGUACGGAUCAGAGAUGUGUUUGGUGUAGAUAGAGAGGAAGCAUCUCGCCUCUGCACUCUCCUCCUGGAAUGCAUGGAUCACAGACAAUCUAUCACCAUAUUUGAUUCUGAGUCAGAUGACCACGUGGCCACAGAUGCAGCCAUUUUGACCACCACGCUCAAGGGCACAAAAGCCAGCUCUGCAGAGCAGUUGAAUGUGACUCUAGCUUGGGACAGGGCUGACAUUGCACAGAAAGAUGUUCUCGUGCAUGGACAACAUUGGCAGGUGGGUUCCUUGGAACAAGCCAUGCUGGAUUCUCUGGUGAUGGACCGUGUCAGUUUUGUCAAACUGCUGAUUGACAACGGCAUGACAAUGAGUCGCUUCCUCAAUGUGGGUCGCCUGGAGGAGCUUUAUAACAUGCCCCAGGGCCACACAGGCCAUUUUCUUCACCACCUUGUAGAAGAUGUGAAACAGACCUCUCUUCCUCUAGGUUACCGGCUUUCUCUCAUUGACAUGGGCUUGGUUAUAGAGUACCUCAUAGGAGGAGCAUACCGCAGCACUUAUACACGCAAACACUUCCGAGCUACUUACAACCAACUGCAAGACAAGGAAGGUAAACGAGUCAGUACGUUUUCCUUGUCCAAACAAAAAAGAGGAAUGAUACCAAACUUGCAGGAAAGCAAAAAUCAUCAGGACCCCCAUUUCUUUAGAACUGCUCAGCCUUACAAAUGCAAGGACCAAAAUAAGCCACAUGGUACCACUGGAAAGGCUGUGUGGAUCCCUGGUAUUAGCGAAACACCGAUUGUCUCCUUCAACUUUAACGACCUCUUCGUGUGGGCCGUGCUCCAGCAGCGGCAGGAGAUGGCACUGUUCCUGUGGCAGCAUGGCGAAGAGGCGCUUGCUCGGGCCGCAGUGGGCUGCAAGCUUUACCGCUCCAUGGCCUUUGAGGCACGGCAAAGCAGCAUGAAUGACAACAUUGCAGAACAAUUCAAAGCUUAUUCACUGGAAUUUGGUCAGCUGGCGGUGAAUUUAUUAGACUGUGCUUUUCGCCAGAAUGAGAAGAUGGCCAUGAAGUUGCUUACUUCAGAGAUGGAGGCGUGGAGCCACUUUACCUGCCUGCAAAUUGCAGUUUCUUCUUGCCAUCGACCCUUUGUGUCGCACUCUUGCACGCAGACCCUCCUCACCGAUCUCUGGACCGGCCCCCUAAAUAUGAGGAAAAACUCUUUUUUGAAGAUAAUUUUGAGCCUUCUUCUGCCUCCUGCAAUCUUGCUUCUGGAAUUCAAAAGCAAAGCUGAAAUGUGCCAUGUGCCCCAGUCUCAUGAGGCAAUUUUAUUUGUACGUGACACUCUAAAGCCGGAGCAACUCACGAGGAAAUCGAUCACCUGGUAAAUUGGCACAUAUUGUACACAACAAACUGUGUGUCGUCUUUUAACUGGAUUUAUCAUUUGGAAUCCCAUCUCACAGGGUAAUCAGGAUGCAGAGCAUAGACUGCCAUUCACUGGGCAUUGUGCGUCAUGGAUCACAAGGCUCUAUGAAUUUUACACAGCUCCAGUUGUUAAGUUCUGCUUCCAUACAAUGUGGUACCUGGCCUUCCUGAUGUUAUUUUCCUACACCAUCUUAGUGAAGAUGGGAGAUGAACCCAGCGUCCAGGAGUGGUUGGUCAUUUUGUAUAUCUUGUCUACUGCAGUGGAGAAAACCAGAGAGGUGCUAAUGUCAGAACCGAGACAGCUGAGACAGAAGCUAAAGAUUUGGUUCUCAGAGUACUGGAACUUAUCAGACUUCAUUGCCAUCAUUCUCUUCCUGGCUGGUUUGACGAUGCGUUGGCAUGAUGAUCCAUACCGGACAGCCGGGCGGAUUACCUACUGUCUGGAUAUUAUAUUUUGGUUUGUCAGGGUCAUGGAUCUGCUGGCUGUCAAUCAACAUGCUGGCCCUUACCUCACAAUGAUCACCAAGAUGACUUCUAACAUGUUCUUUAUUGUGGUCAUGAUGGCGAUAGUACUACUGAGUUUUGGAGUGUCCAGGAAGGCCAUCCUAUCCCCGUAUGAGGCCCCAUCAUGGAGCUUAGCUCGUGAUGUUGUGUUCCAGCCUUACUGGAUGAUCUUUGGAGAGGUCUACGCUUCUGAGAUCGAUCCAUGUGAUGAUGGUCAUUCAUGUCCUCCUGCUUCCUUUCUCACGGCAUUCCUUCAGGCGGUCUAUAUGUUCUUUCAGUACAUCAUCAUGGUCAACAUUCUCAUAGCGUUUUUUAACAACAUCUACUUUGAUAUGGCGUCAACGUCCAACAAGUUGUGGAAGUACAAUCGCUAUCGUUACAUAAUGACCUAUCAGGACAGACCGUGGCUGCCUCCACCUCUAAUUCUCCUCAGUCACGUGACUCUUGGUUUGAGAGCUAUUUAUAGGCACUUUAACAGGGAUGCUGAGGGGGAAGAAAGGGGUUCUGGACUUAAGCUCUACUUAGGCCAUGAUGACCGUAAGAAGCUUCAUGAAUUUGAGGAGAAAUGUGUAAAGGCCUACAUUCAUGAGCAAAAUGAAGCUCUUCACAGCAGUCAGAUGAAGAGGAUCAGAGUGACAGCUGACAGAGCAGAAGAGAUGUGCACAAUGGUGGGAGAAGUCUCAGAGAAAGUCAACAUCAUACAGGACAGCCUUGUCGACUUGGACUGUCACCUGGGUCAACUACAAGACCUGUCAGUGCAGGGUGUAGACACAAUAACCCUGCUCUCCGCUUCUGAUAAUCUGCAACAAGAGGAGGCUCGCCUGGUUCAAUGCCGGUCAAUCACAUCAUCCCAGCACGUCUUCCCUCACAGCUGGGCUCUUCUCCACAGAAGUGGUGCGGACUGUGAUGUGGCUAAUAUGAAACAGCUGGUUUCCAAGCCUUCUAAAAGUACUCCACCUUCCUUGCUCAAAGUCUACCCUCUUAGACGUACAUCACAGGAGUCCCACCUAGAAGUCAGAGGGAGCAAUGGGGAAAGAGAAGGACAGAUUGAGCAGGGAAGUGUAGGAAAAAUGGAGGAUUCACAUUUGGCUGAGGCUCACCAUCGCAUUCUAGGCAUUUCUCGAACUCCAUCGCAAGUUUCAUGUUUGCACAUGAAUGGAGUUGGAAGCUCAUUCAGUGGUUUGAGUGAUCAGACACCUUUUGAGUCGUACGGACCAUCUUGCUGCGGGUCUCCUCUUUCUCUCAGGUUUAGUGACAGAGGGCUGGAGUCACUGUAUUAUAAAUUGUGGAGCUGUGACCCACUACUAAAUCAUGAGGAAAUUGACAUGGAAGAAGAGGAAGAGGAUAGAGAAGUCAAUGGAUGUGAUGAAGUAAAAGAACAGAAAGAAAAAGACCAUGAACAUCUUCUUUCUGACCCUGGAAACAUCUCUCAGAGUUUUGCAAAUCAUAACUUCCGUCAGAAUGAUUGCCAGACCAAAUCUUCGGUAAAGCCCUCAAGAUUGGUCCAAGUCAUCUGACUUCACCUUGAACAGAAGAAUGAGCCCUAACAGGAAGACUGUCAAAAUACAAGAGAGCUGCCCCGACAACGAAACCCUGCCAACACAUAUGUCUGCUGCUUGCUGGAAAAGAAAGCGAAGG